UUCUGAACUAUAAUUUGUAAAUAUUAUAGAAUUAAGUGUUUAGUUCGUUUGAUGUGUAACAUUAUUAUGAAAAGAUUAGUCGUUAACCAGAUUCGAAGUGAGAAACAUGGAAUCGAGUAAUAUUUUCAACGGCGCUGUUAGUGUCAAACAAGAACCAUAUGACGAUCCCAUUAAUGAAAAUAAUUAUAAUAUUAUUGACGAGACAUCCUGCGUUAAUAAUGUUCGAUUCUUCAGAGAAUAUUCAACGCUGCGAUGUAACGAAAAUCAGGAAAGUGAGCUCGAUGAUAUAAAAAUUGAGUUUGAGUGUAAAUACUCGAAGCCUGAUAAGAAAUCAUUAGUAUUUAAGAAAAUGGACUAUUAUCCUGCAAAUGAUUUGCAGAAUACAAACUAUAGCGACGAUUGUAAAAAUACAAACACGAUUAAAAUAGAAACUGCGAGUAUAGUGAAAAAAGAAUUGGAUUUGAAUUCCAAUAAUGAACUCCACCAUACAUUUGAUACACGCGAGAAAACAUUCACUCGAAAAAGUUAUGUAAAUCGGUACGUCAAAUCCUCAAAUCAUGGUAUUGCAUAUGAGUGCGAUAUCUGCGGAAAAAAAUACACGAAAAAGAGUAAUCUCAAUAGACACAUUAAUAAUAUGCAUAAUGGUAUCGAAUAUCCAUGUAGUAGAUGUGAAAAGAAGUUUUCACAUAAGAGUAAUCUCAAACGGCACAUCGAUGAGAUACAUAAUGGUAUCACAUAUCCCUGCAGUAGAUGCGAAAAGAAGUUUUCAAAUGAGAGUAAUCUCAAUAGGCACAUUAAUCAUAUGCAUAAUGGUAUCACAUAUUCUAGAAGAUGCGAAAAGAAGUUUUCACGUAAGAGCAAUCUCAAUAAGCACACUAAUGAAAUUCAUAAUGGUAUUACAUAUCCCUGUAGUAGAUGCGAAAAGAAAUUUUCAAAUAAGAGCAAUCUUAAUACUCACACCAAUGAGAUUCAUAAUAAAAUCAGCCAUGCAUGUGAUAAAUGUGAAAAGUCAUUUACUAAAAAAAGUAAUCUCAAUAGGCACAUUAGAUCGUCUCACGUUAGUAUUACCUAAGCACAUGGUGCAUCGGCAAGUAAGGCACUAAACAAAAAAUUAUCUUAAAACCCAUAUCGAUUCUGUACCUGGUUCACUCAUCACGACCUAAUAAUAAUGAAAAUAUAAAAUGUAUGUUCAAUUUUGAAAACCGCGAUGUAAAAUCGAAUGUAUUUGUGCAGAAGAUUAAUCUAAAAAUUCUGAUUUUUAAUAUUACAUAUUCCUCUAAUGGUUUUUUUAUCUGAUUAUGUCAAAAACCCGUUCAAGUUAUAAAAUGACCAAUAAAUUAUUGUAU